CAGCAGAUUCCCCUGAGAUGUGCCAGAAGUGCAGCACUGGGUGCCCCAGUGGGAUGGUUGAGAAGAAUCCCUGUACACCCUGGAGAGAUCUCAUGUGUGUCCCCAAAGAAUCAGGGAAUAAAAACAGCUACAACUGGGUCAUAGUCCCAGCCUCAUUACGGGUUGUGGCCUUGGUUGUUGUGGUCUUGGUUGUUGUGGCCUUGGUUUUUGGGGUGAUUUUAACGUGGAAGAAAAUACCACUUUACCUGAAAAGCAUCUGUCUACGGUGUGGAGGGGAUCCCAAGUGCGUGGAUACAACUCUCUACAUUGGCCUGGGGGCUCUGGGUGGACUGUAA